GCCGAGAUCGUGCCAUUGCACUCCAGCCUGGGUAACAAGAGCGAAACUCCGUCUCAAAAACAAAAAAAAAAAGCCUUCAGCCAAUUUCCAAAUCUUACUAGGCAGAAUGAAACUCAUAUACAAGAGAAAUUUUGUGAAUGCAAAGAUUGUUGGAGAACUUUUCUGAAUCAGUCAUCCCUUAAGAUACAUAUAAGAUCUCACAACGGAGACAAACAUGUAUGUAAGGAAUGUGGGAAAGCCUUCAGUAAUUCCUCAUACCUUAUAGGACAUGGAAGAAUUCACAGUGGAGAGAAUCCCUAUAUCUGUAAAGAAUGUGGGAAAGCUUUGACUCAAUCCACAGGACUUAAAUUACACAUUAGAACUCAUACUGGAGAAAAACCAUAUAAAUGUAUGGAGUGUGGGAAAGCCUUCACCCAUUUUUCAUCCCUUACUGAUCAUACAAGAAUUCACAGUGGAAAGAAGCCCUAUGUAUGUAUGGAAUGUGGAAACGCCUUCACUCGCUCCACAGGACUUAUUUUACAUGUACGAAUUCACACUGGAGAAAAGCCAUGUGAAUGUAAGGAGUGUGGAAAAGCUUUUAUUCAUUCCUCAUACCUUACAAAACAUAUAAGGAUUCACAGUGGCGAGAAGCCAUAUUUAUGUAAAGAAUGUGGGAAAGCUUUUACUCGUUCCUCAGGACUUGUUUUACACAUGAGAACAUACACUGGAGAAAAGCCCUAUGAGUGUGAAGAAUGUGGGAAAGCCUUUAAUAAUUCCUCAAUGCUUAGUCAACAUGUAACGACUCACACCGGAGAGAAGCCAUAUGAAUGCAAAGAAUGUGGGAAAGCUUUUGCUCAAUCCUCAGGCCUUAGUACUCAUUUAAGAACUCACACUGGAGAAAAGGCCUAUGAAUGUAAGGAAAGCGGUAAAGCAUUUGCUCGUUCCACAAAUCUUAAUAUGCACAUGCGAACACACACCGGAGAAAAGCCUUAUGCAUGUAAAGAAUGUGGGAAAGCCUUCAGAUAUUCCACAUGCCUUAAUGUUCACAUGCGCACUCAGACUGGAGCAAAACCAUACGAAUGUAAAGAAAGUGGGAAAAACUAAUCUUCAGCACUUUCUAAACAUCAAAGAACUAAGUCAUGUGGAAAAAACCUGAAGUCAGAUCUUAGUAUUUACAUCUAAACUCUUCUGGAAAAAAUCAUAUGAAGGUAAAGAACAUGAAGAACCUUCACUGAACUUCAAUUUCUUAUAUAAUAGAAAUGAAUUUAACAUGGACACAAGUCCUAGUAAUACAAGAAAUAGGGGAGAGCAGUUCUUUACCUUAUAAAGUGUAAGAACUCACCUUUGGGAGAAAAAUCUGGUUCUAAGAUGUGAUAAAGCCUUUGUUUCUUUCACUAUUUUUUUUCUUUUUUUUUUUAUGCAGAGUCUCGCUCUAUUGCCCAGGCUGGAGUGCAGUGGUAAAAUCUCAGCUUACUGCAGCCUCUGCCUCCUGGGUUCAGGCAAUUCUCCAGCCUCAGCCUCCAGAGUAGCUGGGACUACAGGCACAUGUCACCACGCCCAGCUAACUUUUUGUAUUUUUAGUAGAGAUGGGGUUUUACUGUGUUAGCCAGGGUGGUCUCAAUCUCCUGACCUCAUGAUCUUUCUGCCUUGUAAUCUCCCAAAGUGUUGGGAUUACAGGCCUGAGCCACCAUGCCCGGCAUAAUAUUUUUCAUGUCAAAAAGUACUGUAAAAGCCAAUUGAAGGUAAGAAUGAGAGAUAGCCUUAAAAUACUUCACAAGCCUUAAUAGCACUUCAUAACACACACUGCAGAAAAAACUGUAUGUAAAGAAUGUGGUAAAGGCCGGGCGCGGUGGCUCAAACCUGUAAUCCCAGCACUUUGGGAGGCCGAGGCGGGUGGAUCACGAGGUCAACAGAUCGAGACCAUCCUGGUCAACAUGGUGAAACCCCGUCUCUACUAAAAAUACAAAAAAUUAGCUGGGCAUGGUGGCGCAUGCCUGUAAUCCCAGCUACUCGGGAGGCUGAGGCAGGAGAAUUGCCUGAACUCAGGAGGCGGAGGUUGCGGUGAGCCGAGAUCGCGCCAUUGCACUCCAGCCUGGGUAACAAGAGCGAAACUCCGUCUCAAAAAAAAAAAAAAAAAAAAAAAAAAAGAAUGUGGUAAAAUCUUUACUUAGUGCUCAGGACUUAGUAUCCACAUGAGAAUUCACAGUGGAUGAAAUCCUACAAAUGUAAAGGCUACAGGAAGAUCUUCAUUUCCUUCUUUUUUCUUCUUUUCUUUUCUCUUCCUUUUUUUCUUCACUUCCUUCUUU